UUAGAGCGAAGCAUGUUUAUUCAAGUUGAGGAUACUCCCAAUCCAAACAGUCUUAAAUUUUUCCCCGGACAGAAGGUUUUGGAGAAGGGCACUAUGGAUUUUCCCAAUCCAAAGUCUGCUUUGAAAUGUUCUCCGCUUGCUGAAGCCAUUUUUAAAAUUGACGGCGUCAAAUCAGUGUUUUUCGGCGCUGAUUACAUUACUGUCAGCAAAGCUGAUGAUGAAAUCGACUGGAAAGUGCUCAAGCCCGAGAUAUUUGCAUCCAUUAUGGACUUUUUCGGUACCGGCUUGCCAGUUCUCCGAGAGAACGCUCAAGAGAACAUCAACAGUGAUACAACUGAUACUAACGAGGAGAACGAAACCGUGGCCAUGAUCCUCGAGCUCAUUGAUACUCGCAUUCGACCCACUGUUCAAGAAGAUGGUGGUGAUGUUAAAUUUAUGGGAUUUGAAAAUGGAGUGGUUAAACUGAAGCUUCAGGGUGCUUGCACUUCAUGUCCGUCAUCAAUUGUCACGUUGAAGAACGGCAUUCAAAACAUGCUCCAAUUUUAUAUUCCUGAAGUAAUGAAAGUUGAACAGGUCAUGGACGAAGUUGACAAGCAAGCUCAGUCGGAAUUUGAAAAGUUUGAAAAAAACUUGGAUGACAAACCUAAAUAA